AACUGUGGAAAAGGUUUUAGUCUAAAACAGAAUUUAACUCUGCACAUGAGGAUUCACACAGGUGAAAAGCCGAUUUCAUGUGUGAACUGUGGAAAAAGUUUUAGUGUAAAACGGAAUUUAACUCGGCAUAUGAUGAUUCACACUGGUGAAAAGCCGUUUUCAUGUGUGAACUGUGGAAAAGGUUUUAGUCUAAAACAGAAUUUAACUCUGCACAUGAGGAUUCACACAGGUGAAAAGCCGAUUUCAUGUCCGUUUUCAUGUGUGAACUGUGGAAAAAGUUUUAGUCAAAAACAGGAUUUAACUCGGCACAUGAUGAUUCACACUGGUGAAAAGCCGUUUUCAUGUGUGAACUGUGGAAAAAGCUUUUGUCAAAAACGGGAUUUAACUCGGCACUUGAGGAUUCACACUGGUGAAAAGCCGUUUUCAUGUGUGAACUGUGGAAAAAGCUUUUGUCAAAAACGGGAUUUAACUCGGCACUUGAGGAUUCACACUGGUGAAAAGCCGUUUUCAUGUGUGAACUGUGGAAAAAGUUUUUGUCGAAAACGGGAUUUAACUCGGCACUUGAGGAUUCACACUGGUGAAAAGCCGUUUUCAUGUGUGAACUGUGGAAAAAGUUUUAGUCAAAAAAAGUAUUUAACUCGGCACAUGAGGAUACACACUGGUGAAAAGCCGUUUUCAUGUGUGAACUGUGGAAAAAGUUUUAGUCAAAAACAGGAUUUAACUCGGCACAUGAGGAUUCACACUGGUGAAAAGCCGUUUUCAUGUGUGAACUGUGGAAAAAGUUUUAGUCGAAAACAACAUUUUACUCAUCACAUGAGGAUUCACACUGGUGAAAAGCCGUUUUCAUGUGUGAACUGUGGAAAAAGUUUUAGUCGAAAACAACAUUUUACUCAUCACAUGAGGAUUCACACUGGUGAAAAGCCGUUUUCAUGUGUGAACUGUGGAAAAAGUUUUAGUGUAAAACUGAAUUUAACUCGACAUGUGAGGAUUCACACAGUUUUAGUGUAA